ACGAACUUUUCCUUUUUUUCCUGUCUCGAGCUCGUUAAUAACCGAGUCAUUACUUGGUUCGAGAACAUCCCUUUGAUUCAGGUGAUCCACAAUGCCUCACUCAUUCGGUCUCAGGGCGCGGACUAGGCACCUUUUCUCUCGGGACUUCCGGGCGAAGGGUCCCGUCAAGUUGUCUACCUAUCUUAAGACUUACAAGGUUGGUGACAUCGUCGACAUCAAGGCGAAUGGUGCGAUCCACAAGGGUAUGCCCCACAAGUUCUACCACGGCAAAACUGGUAUCAUCUACAAUGUUACCAAGAGCUCCGUUGGUAUCAUUAUCAACAAGCAGGUUGGAAACCGCUACAUUGAGAAACGUGUCAACAUCCGUGUCGAACACAUCAAGCACUCCAACUGCCGAUUGGAUUUCUUGCGUCGGGUUAAGGCUAAUGCUGCUGCCAAGAAGGAAGCCAAAGAGAAGGGUGUCUCUUUCAACUUGAAGCGCCAGCCCGUUGGUCCCACCAAGGCCCACCAUGUGUCCACCAAAAACAACCGCCCUACGACCAUCAGCCCUGUCCCAUACGAAGCUCUUGUGUAAUUGUUCACUUUCUAAUAAACGCAAUUGGGAUGUUCUAAACCACCA